UGUUUACUCAUUGUUAUAAUCAAGAUAAUUUGUAUGAAUAAUAUCCACUUAGCUCAUACAGAUUAAGGUAAUCUUAUGUUGUCAGUAAGGUAAUGAAAGAAGGAUUCUGUGUGGAGAAAGGAAUUUUCUGCCAUUGCAUCUGUGCCCUCAUGAUCCCAGAGGGUGUCUGCAGGGUUCUCAUUAGUCGAUGCUCCCAGACUUGCUUUGAAGCUUUUUCUCAGAACUUCAGGCUUUAAGUGAUUCUCCAAGAUGUUUGCAAAGGCAACAAAGAAUUUUGUGAGGGAAACUGACGGUGGAGGUGACCUGAUCCCUGUCUCCCACUUGAAUGCCUCUGACAAACUACAACUUCUGAGCUUGGUUACAAAGAGGAAGAGAUUUUGGUGCUGGCAGAAGCCCAAGUACCAUUUCUUGACAGUCACACUGAGUGAUGUGCUUGCUGAAGACAAGCCUAUAAAGCCAGUGAUUGUGGAGUCUGACUUUGUGAAAUACAUGGGGAGAUUUGAAGAUUUUGCUCAAGGAAGUAUUGAUACUUCAUUCGGGAAGAUCAGCCUGGGAGUCAGAGGGAAGGGCUGUGUGGAAAGCCAGUCUUCCUUUGGAAACCUGAGGAAGCAGGAGAUUGAUCUGCAGCAGCUUAUGAAAGAUGUCAAGGGAAGAACAAUAAAUCUAAACAAUAAUUUACUGCAACAAGUAAUAGAAAGAAAACAUGAAGUGCUCUGCAUCUUGAGAGAAAAGAUAGUAACAACUCAAAAGUGUGUGAUAUCUGAACAUAUCCAGACAGAAGAGAAGAUCAGUGGCGUCGUGGGAUGGAGUGCAAAAAUAGUUAAGGUUUCGGUGAGUGAAAAUGGAAGCAUAAUGAAGGAUUCCAGUGUGAUCCUAGAGAUCCCUCCAGCCACCGCUAUUGCCUAUGGUGUAAUUGAACUGUAUAUAAAGCAGAGCGGCCAGUUUGAAUUCUGUCUGCUGGAUGAGCAGCAAGGAGGUUUUGAAAGAGAAGGCACAGAAGGCUCCACUUCUCCCCAUUCUGCACUAUUUGGAGAUGCUUCUCUCUUGUAUCAACCAGAUGCUGUUGAUAAUGAGACAUACUCUGGGGCUAUAAACCUCAUUCCCGGUGGUGCUUCCUUAAGUGUAUUGAAACAAGAGCUAUCACGGCUGAAUACUCAGUUCCAGCCCCUUGCGAAGCUGCCAGAAGACAAGCGAAGAGCUUUGUAUAAAACCCUGUAUGAGCUCUUGCUCCGUGAGGAAAUGGUCGCUGCCCUAGAAGAUGUGUUAGAUGAUAUCUGCACAGGAGACAGGCCUGACCUGAAGGAGCUAAAACCUGCACAGCAGCAAGAACUGGAUGACUUCUUGCAGCUCUUAGGGUGUAGAUUGCAGGAUGAGCUGUUGUUGCAGAAAUAUCAGCUUCAGAAUGAGGGACUCUUCUCAGCUGCUCACCUCCUCAUCAGUGCAAUCUCUGAACUGCCGGAUCGCUGCCGCGUCCUGCUGCGUGCCUGCUGCGACCUGCAGGCCCUCCCUGCGCUCCGCGGCUUGCCUAACAUCGCUGCGGCCGAUGGCUCCUUGGCCCUGAGCAGUCCUGUGGUGGCUUCCCUCACUGACAGAGGAAGAUUUGAUGUUGUGCAAAGGCUGUUUGCCUCAUCAAACAUUAACCUUGAAAUGACAGAGUCUUCUGUGAAAGCUGUAACUACAAAAGAACCUAGGUUCUUCCCCCUUGUUCUUUAUGUCGUUUUGUAUGGAUUUGAUACUUUGGGUGGGAAUGUAUAG